AUGCCCGAUUAUUUGCCCAGAUCUCCCGUCGAUCAGGGUGAAGAAGAUUCGGAUGAUUAUGUUCAAUUGAUAUCAACGGCAACACAGACAGAAGACAUUAUUGUGAUGGAUACGUCAACACCACAAAUUGUGGCGGCUGUAACAACUCGUGCUCAAGCAAACAAAAUACUAGAGAGUAAAGCUUCUCAUGUACGAGAUGAAGAGCCAGGACAAACGAAAAUCACACCAAAAAUAGCUCUUCAUGUACCAGAUGAAGAGACAGACAAUAAAAAUAAGCAGCCAACAACAGUAAAGAUCGAUGAUAAUAUGAUUAUUCCAUUUACAGAGGAAGAUAUAUGUGAACAACAACGUUCGGAUAACCACAUACAACAUAUCAUAUCAGAAGCAAUGGAGGUACAAACAGAUGUAUCACGCACGAAGAACACAAUACUGGAUAAAGAGUUGAGUAUUGUGAUCCGUGUUCAGAAGAAGUUAUCACCUUGGUUUGAUUAUCCUGCAAUAGUUAUCCAUUAUUUAUUUAAAGAGGAUAUACUUAUGCUUCUCAGUCCGAUAAGUCUGUUCUUAGUUAGUUAUUAUGCAGGAAUGGUUUUAGCUAUAACAUGUGUUCUAGUUGAAAUAUAUGCUGGUAUAUUAAAAUGGAUUUGUCGGUCACCACGUCCAUUGUGGGCUGAUACGAAUGGUCAGCUUGUUAAUAGGAAGGGGGAAUGGGAACAAGAUUAUGGAUUUCCAUCAGCACAUUCCAUGCUUGCAACCUCGAUGGCCAUGAGUGCAUUACUAAUAUAUAUUGAUAUAAAAUGUGACCCAAAUUUUAUGGCAAUCCAUGAUGUCAACAAAGAUCGAACUGUGUCAUUGAUCUUUUGCAUUGUUGCUAUUGUACUAUCUCUUCUGACCGGUCUGUCUCGCAUCUAUUUUGCAGUUCAUUAUCUUCGUGAUGUGAUAGGCGGUUACAUCCUUGGAGUUCUAUUCGCAUUAUUAACAUAUUUUCUAAUCAAAAAAACUAGAUCCAUAAAUGAAUGGGUAUCAAUCGGAAUUGGAAUCGCCUUAACUGGUAUCACCUUACUACUGAUGAUUAUUAUCCGUCCAUUUUUUCCACAGGACAGAGUUCAAAUGCCAGCAUGGGAAGCUAAUGCUCUGAAAGCAUGGAAUGCAAGGAGUGGACAAAAUGUUGCAAAACAUCCAGUUGGAUUACAUCCACGAUCAAUUGCACGAUACAUCCAUGCCUAUGCAAUUCUAUUUGGUUUAUGGAUUGGUGAUCCUAUAUUUCGUCUCUCGCACGAUGGAAAUUUAUAUCACGAAUGUCAGGAAUGGACUAAGACGAAAGGCAUCCGUUUCGGGAUUGGUAUGCCCGGUGUUUUCCUCAUCUUGGCUAUUAUUUAUGUUAUACUUCCAAAGAUCAGUAAACGUAAAACUUUUCGUUAUCCAACAGAGGCAAUAUUUGGAGUUUUGUUUGGUUUGUGGCUCUCUUUAAUACCUGCAGUCAUAUUUCACGCAACUGGCUACAAUAAAUGUUACUGA